AUGGCGCCAACCAUAAUCAAUUAUGGUGCGUCUUCUUCCUCCGACGGCUUAUGUAUCAUCGUUCUAGCGCCAGACUCUCCUCUGGUGGGCACCUCUCCGGCCGCCAUGGUGGGCCUCAUGGGUGUAGCUGGUCCAGUCGUGUACAUGCAUGAGAGGAGGUCCAUAAUCCCCCUCCACAAGCAGUUGUGCAUGGCGACGACCACCUCUGCAUGGCGCAUGGUAGGAACCAAAAAACAGCUUCAUGACAACCUCUGCAUGACCAUCUCAGGCGGCGAGGGUGGGCCUUGUGGUUGCGCCCCUGUUUGGAGCCCCAUAAAUGUGGAUCCAUGGCUGUAUCUUAGGGGCACCGUCAAUAUCGUCGUCAGCUUGUCCCACGAAGAGCUUCGUUCAUAUCUCCUCCCACAGGUAAAAAUUGGUAGCUACCGUAUGCAUCCAUCUUGGAAGCAAAAACUCGGGAAUGAUGGAAGCAAAAAUGGGAACGAAAAGCUGGAACCAAAAACCCUGUUUUUGCAAUUAUAA